GCACAUCACGCGCCUGCUCUCUUCUUCUUCUCCAUCUUCUCCUCCUUUGCUCUCUGACUCUGACCAGUGCUGCAAUUUUGUUUUGUUUCGUUUUCUCUUUCUACCGAAGCUACACGAUUGACCCAAUUGCUGCGACUCUGAGCGAGCUUUAAAGGACUGAAACUGGCUAAGUCAAGUGCUCGCAUGAGAUCUGUUGCUGUUUGCCUCAACAUACACAAUGGUUUCACGAGCAAUCUUGCGAAGGAAGCGUUACCCCUUCAAUUCCUUAAAUCAGCCUACAUUCUUGAUUCGGGGCUCCUCUAGUGUUGAGCAUGAACAAUCAUCCCAUUCUAAUGACUUAAACAGUGUUAGAUCGUUUGUGACUCAAGUAUUGGUAACUACUGAUGAUAAAGAUGAUGAGUGUAUAACUUUAGUUCCUAAGAGUGUACCUCCAACUUUUAGUGUAGUGGGAUCUUUCAGGCAUAACUCCUUUGGUCUAUUAAAUUGGAGCAAUGGAGUUGAAAGGAAAUACUUUGGUUCUUCAAUGGGAGUUGUGCAGACUUUGCAGUCUACACACUAUUACUCCACAGCAACGGCUGGUCAACCAGAAUUUGGGAACGGCAAGCGUGGAAAUGAACAGCAGGUUUCUGGACAGAAAAAAGAAGCUUCACCAGAGGAAUGUGAUCAAGCAGUCGAAGGUUUGAGCUCAGUAAAAGCCAAAGCCAAAGCUAAACAGAUGCAGGACUCUCCAAAGAGUGUUAAAUCUGUAAUGAUGAGAAUGUGGACUAUGCUUUUGGGAAUUGGUCCUGCCCUAAAAGCUGUGGCUUCCAUGAGCAGGGAGGAUUGGGCUAAGAAGUUAAUUCAUUGGAAGGAUGAAUUUAAAUCUACCAUGCAACACUAUUGGUUGGGUACAAAACUCCUCUGGGCUGAUGUUAGGAUUAGCUCAAGGUUGUUGCUGAAGCUUGCUAGUGGGAAGAACCUUUCUCGAAGGGAGAGGCAACAACUUACACGCACCACUGCUGACAUUUUCAGACUAGUUCCUUUUGCUGUUUUUAUUAUAGUUCCAUUCAUGGAAUUCUUGCUGCCAGUAUUCCUUAAAUUGUUCCCUAACAUGUUACCAUCAACCUUCAAGGACAAGAUGAAAGAGCAGGAGGAAUUGAAAAGAAAGCUAAAUGCAAGAAUAGAAUAUGCAAAGUUUCUUCAAGACACGGUAAAAGAAAUGGCAAAGGAAAUCAAAACCUCACGAAGUGGAGAAGUUAAGCAGACAGCAGAAGAUCUUGAUGAAUUUAUGAACAAGGUUAGAACAGGCGAGCGUGUUGCUAAUAACGAGAUUUUAGGCUUUGCCAAGCUAUUCAAUGAUGAACUUACGUUAGACAACAUUAGCAGGCCACGUUUAGUAAAUAUGUGCAAAUAUAUGGGCAUUAGCCCCUUUGGAACAGAUGCAUAUUUGCGUUAUAUGCUUCGAAAAAGACUACAACAGAUCAAGGAGGAUGAUAAGAUGAUUCAAGCUGAGGGAGUGGAGUCCCUUUCAGAAAAAGAGCUUAUUUCAGCCUGUCGAGAACGAGGCAUACUUGGAACACGUUCAGUAGAGGAAAUGCGAGAAGAGUUGCAUAAUUGGUUGGAUCUGUCUCUCAAUUACUCUGUACCAUCUUCGCUCUUGAUACUUUCAAGAGCUUUCUCAGUGCAUGGUAAAAUCAAGCCAGAGGAAGCUGUUCAAGCUACACUCUCCUCUCUUCCUGAUGAGGUUGUGGAUACAGUUGGGGUGACCACUUUGCCAUCUGAAGACUCUGUUGCAGAAAGAAGAAGAAAGUUGGAGUACCUAGAAAUGCAGGAAGAAUUGAUCAAGGAGGAGGAAGAGAAAGAGGAAGAAGAGCAGGCCAAAUUAAAGGAAUCUGCUAGUAAACAAACAGAUGUGGCUCUGGAAGAGAUGACUAUUCCAACAGCUAGAGAAGCACAGGAACAAGCAAAAGCGAAAGCUUUAGAAAAACAGGGGCAGCUUUGUGAGCUCAGUCGUGCAUUGGCUGUUUUGGCUUCAGCAUCUUCGGUCAGGCUGGAGCGUGAAGAGUUUUUGAGACUUGUGAAAAAGGAGGUAGAUCUUUAUAAUCAUAUGGUAGAGAAGGAGGGAACUGAUGGCGAAGAAGAAGCUAAGAAGGCUUACAAAGCAGCCAGGAAGGACAGUAACCUUGCUGCCGAGACGGCUCUGGGUGACAAGGCUUCUUCAGCACUUAUAGACAGGGUUGAUGCUAUGCUUCAGAAGCUUGAAAAGGAAAUCGAUGAUGUUGAUGCAAAAAUCGGGGAUCGCUGGCAGUUGCUUGACAGGGAUUAUGAUGGGAAAGUAACUCCUGAGGAGGUUGCCUCUGCUGCUAUGUACCUUAAGGACACUUUGGGCAAAGAGGGCAUGCAAGAACUUAUUAGCAACCUUUCCAAGGAUCAUGAGGGAAAAAUACUAGUGGAAGACAUUAUCAGAUUAGGCAAUUUAACAGAUGAUGCAGAUGCCGACGCAAUGGAGGAAAAGAAAUCAUAGGAUAGAACAAUAAAUCAAAUCAAGUGUGGCUCUGCUAAUCAUGUGUUGCAUUUUACUAAGAUCCUAUGCUUAUGUUAGUGCCAUUUGAUGAAGCAUUGAUUAGUUUCUUCAAGGAAUCCAUUUUCCACAAACCAAGAAUGGAAAGGAGAUUCUUUGUCAGAACAGAUGGGUGAGUAAAAGGGAUAUGAAAAAUCAGUAUCUGUUGCCAAAAUACAUGUAUAUCAUUCAAAUUUUCUGGGAAAAAUAUGUCAGAGAUUUAAUGAUUGAUCUUAAAUAUUUGAAGUGAUACUACUAUUACUAUACAAUUAUCCUAUCUUUAA